AUGUUCUACUGUGCUUUAUGGCACUUUAGAGUCGGCCAAGCUUUAUGCUUGAACGGCAAAAACCCGAAUGCUAAUUUUGGCACCAAAGUUCUCAACGCCGGAAUUUCCAACCUCUCCCUUACAUGCAGAACCGAUCUGGCGAACAAAUUGCUGCAGAUCAGAAACCGUUUCCAGCAUUCGUGGCUUUCCAGAAAUAUGUCAAGCACGUUGCCCAACGUGCUAAAGAUUUUCGACAAUAUGUUUCGCCUGUUGUUGCCGCCAAAGUUAUCGGUUCUGGGCGAAAGUCUCCUGUGA